GCUCUUGUGUUGGGUGAUGCUUCCUCGAUCUGGCAGAUUGCCCAAUUUCUGAAGAAACUCUCAGAUCGGAUUCCUGCGUGAGAGCCCGUGUGAUUCGUUGAGGGUGAUACGACUCGCAAGGGCUCGUUGGAGACUGCACGUUAGGAGGAAUACAGUCGAAGGGAUAAGCGGAUUCUCUGGAUGGAGCUGCCAAUUUUCAUCAAAGAAAGUCCACGGUGUUUGCAGGAAGCAACGAGGAAGAUCGGUCGAAGGAUAUUCCAAUGUGCGAGAGGUCGUCUACCAGCCGACCAGCAUGAGCUGCCAGCCAGUCUACGCCCCUGGAUCCAUGAGCACAUGGUUGUGGGUUUCCGUUCCGAACGACGCUCACCCUCAAAUUCGAAUCUCGUUUGAAUUCGUCAUUCAGACGAAUUCAAAAUUCGUCUGAAUGACAUAUACACAUUUAAACAUCACAGCUUUAAAAUGCUUCGAACUUGCGGUAAGAAGUCUGAGACACAAUUCUGAACAUGUUUCCAGCGCGCGUGUUACGGUAAAACUUGGUGAGAAUAUUUGAGGCUUCGGGUUUGACCUCGAACCGUGGCCACGUUCGAAGAACUAAUCCGAGACUCCAUGUGUCCCACACCAAGCUGCAGGAGGGAUCUAGAUUUGGAGUUGCUGCAGCAUUUUGCCGUUCAGCGACAUAAAUUUUGAAUUCAGUCAUCGUUUUUACGGGCAACAUGAUUCAAACGCACAGCGACCUCCAACGAUGUUCUUGAUUCAAUCCGACGAAACGCGUCCAGAUGGGAAAGUGUCCGUUUUUUCCAAGGUUGCCGGGUCGUGAACGAAGAAAGAAUUACUUAAGCUCCAGAAGACAAACGAUCCGAUCUAUCGAUCAUAUGUUUCAUCGCGAGCUCGAGUUCACUGCCGUCAGGCGGAGGCGGAGGCGCAUGUUCAUGGUGAGCGAGCGAGUGGGACGAAUUUCGAAGAUUGGAGAGACAGCGAGGGUCCUUCAAGCUGUGACAAGGCGAGAGGACUGAGUGCAUACGAAUUUGGGAGAUCGACGAAGAAAACGUGUGGUGAAAAUGGGGGCUUUCAGGAGAACAUGGCUUAUAGCGUUCCUUUUCAUACGUCUGAGCACAGAACUUGUUCCUGUCGUCAGCGCACACACAAGGAAGCUUGACAAUAGCUCAUCAUUAUUUUCCGUUUACCCUACUCCAUGUUUCCCUGGAACCUUCAUUUUCGGGGAUUCUUUGGUAGACAACGGGAAUGCCAUGGCCGUUUACCCGGACAGGUUUGCUCGACUGGAACAGGAUCCAUUCGGAGUUUCAUGGCCUGGACACGGAGCCGACCGCUUCUGCGAUGGAAAGCUGAUAGGAGAUUACUUGUCUUGGGGUACUGGGGGCUUUCCCAUGUCCGCCUAUUUGAGAAGCGUUCAGACUCUCCUCUUUCUGGGAGUGAACUUGGCCGCAUCUGGAUCCACGGUGCUGCCGGGCCUGACUUUGAAUCCGAUCUUCCAAGACGACGAGGUCUUCCCGCACACACCCUUCACGUUGGAUCAGCAACUUCAGUGGUACAAGCAUUUCAUGUUUAGAGAUUCUGAGCUCUCCAAAGGGCGUUCUAUGCAGAACGUGAUACCAGUGGGUUCCUUCAACUCGUCUCUGCACCUUAUCAUCGCAGGAUACACCGACUACAUUCUGCAAUUUCUAUCCGGAUGGCCGGAAGCUUUAGUACUUGCUUCUGUGACCGGGAUCGUGAAUGGAAUUAGUGACACUGCGGAGAUGUUACACACUACUCAUAAGGUGAAGGAUAUCGUGGUCGUUAACCUGCCGCCUUUGGGCUGCACACCAGCAUUCUUAACCAUUUUCCCCGGAGACCCUGAUGAUUACGAUGACUAUGGUUGUCUCACGAGCUUUAACGCUGCAAUCGAGCUUCAUAACGAGGAGCUCUUUCGCGCUGUUCUUACCCUGCGAGCCAAGUAUCCUGAUCUCUCAUUGAGUUAUGGAAAUUUCUAUCGAACAUUCCAGGAUAUACUGAAGCACCCUUCGAAAUUCGGAUUCCAUUCCACUCCGAAGUUGCUGAAAGCGUGCUGCGGGGCUGGAGGGAAAUAUAACUUCGAGCCGAAUGUGACGUGCGGGGCUUCAGUAUUCGCCAAUGGCAAGCUGCACAACGGGACAGUGUGCAAGGAACCCACCAAACAUUUAUUCUGGGAUGGGUUUCAUCCUUCUGGUGCUGUCAAUAGAAUCGCUGCCAUAUCCUUCUUGAAUGGAACAGCUCUAUAUCCAUCAGAUGGUCUAAGGCCCCCGAACUGCAAGCCUGACUUUUCUCAAUUCUAAGAUUAGAUCAUUCACUAGAUCGUGUGACAGUUGGGCCGGCUUAGCACUACUGUCAUGCCAGAACAGGUAGUGAUCUUCUCAGCGUAAACCAGAGCUAAAAACUGGACUAAGUAGAUAAUAGGCUCAGGCAUGCAGACCUUAUUGCAGCUGCUGGUGCCGAGAAGGUUUCUUUGCAGAAGUUGUAGAUGCGUUGAUCUCGUCCAUUUUACGUUAGCAGGUACUGGACUCGAACAUUCAUAGUUUCAUGGAGUGAUGCAACGGUCGUGCUUCAGCUAGAAGGCCUAUGUGAUAGAACAAUAGUCACCAGCUGCAUGGUCUGUCGUUCUCGAGGACCAAUGUCAUCGUCAGGACAAACUUGAAUAGGCAACAAAAAAGUUGAUCAUCCACUGACAGUGCUGUCAUCGUAUGCGAUUGCGCCGCCGAUAACAAGGCCUGCUUUGGACAUCAUUUUUUCAGAAGCAUGUAUAUCAAGGGCGAGUAAAUUUAUUUCUGGAAAGUUAUACUUUCUACUUUUUCUAAAC